AUGGCGGCAACACCAGCUUGCAUCCAGCGCAUCCGCGCUCCCCUCCAGCGGGUGGCUGGCGCAUCUUUCAGCGCAGUCAGGUCCUACGCCACUGUACCCGACGCCCCCUCCGCGACAGCAACGCCCGCAUCACAAGGCGCCGCGCCGUCACGGCGCCCGACAUAUUUCAAGAACACCACAGUGUCUUCGCUCGACGACUUCAUCUCGUCGCGCGACACAGCACUGCCGGCCUCAGAGGCAUACACGCUACGCACCGCCGAAGUCGGACCUGCCCACAACCGACGAACCAUCACCCGUCUGCCGGAAUGGCUGAAGACGCCCAUACCGGCGGGCAACAGCAACUACAAGCAAAUCAAGAAGGAUCUCAGAGGACUUGGUCUGUCCACCGUCUGCGAGGAGGCGCGCUGUCCCAAUAUCUCCGAUUGCUGGGGCGGAGACAACAAGAAUGCGGCCACCGCCACCAUCAUGUUGAUGGGCGACUCGUGCACAAGGGGAUGCAGGUUUUGCAGCGUGAAGACCAAUAGAAAGCCCGGCCCUCUUGAUCCCCACGAGCCCGAGAAUACAGCCGAGGCCCUGGCACGAUGGGGGCUGGGAUAUGUCGUGCUCACCAGUGUCGACCGAGACGAUUUGGCCGACGGUGGUGCUAGGCACUGGGCUGAGACCAUCCGCAAGAUCAAACAGAAGAAACCGAGCCUUUUAGUCGAGGCCCUGACAGGAGACUUCAUGGGUGACCUCGACAUGGUCAAGAUCGUGGCUGAGAGCGGUCUGGACGUAUACGCGCACAACAUCGAGACUGUAGAGGGACUGACGCCAUACGUACGAGAUCGGAGGGCCACUUUCAGGCAAAGUCUCAAGGUGCUGGCCCAUGUGAAAGAAGUUAGAGGCCAGGAAGGCAUUGUCACCAAGACGAGUAUGAUGCUCGGUCUCGGCGAGCAAGAGGAGGAAGUCAUGGACGCCCUUAGAGAGCUGCGAAAGGCCAACGUCGACGUCGUCACUUUUGGUCAGUACAUGCGACCCACCAAGCGCCACUUGAAGGUCGAGAAAUAUGUCACCCCCGACGAGUUCGAGAUGUGGCGCCAAAGAGCUCUGGACAUGGGCUUCUUGUACGUCGCAAGUGGUCCCCUUGUACGAAGCAGCUACAAGGCUGGUGAAUCAUUCAUUGAGAACGUGCUCAAGAAGCGUGCCGCAGAGAAGGGCGCUGCCACCGUCUCCGGAAAGCUAAACGACGCUAUUGCCGUCGAUCAGCUGAAGGCCGAGGGUGUAUAG